AUGAGGGCACCUACCGCUUGUCGAAGCCUCACGUUUGACAACAUAAAGGCUGCCUACAACAAAGUUUGCUGGCAGGAGGGGAAGUCGGUCAAAUAUGCAACAUCAAACAAAUGUUCAAGGCCACGAAGGCCCAGUUUGACCAAGACCUGCAGGCCAGAGAAGAACAAGCACAAAACGUUUGCUGUGGUUGCUGAAAAUAAGCUGGAGAUUGACCUCAAUGAGCUGAAGGGACAAUCAGCCAACAAAGGCAGGGAUGAGGCCAUCAAACAGCAAAAACUACAGGUGUAGAUGAAGGACUACCAGAGGGAGCUGGAUGGGGCGCGGUCCUCCAGGGACGAGAUGUUCACACAGUCUGAAGAAAACGAGAAAAAACUCAAGAUCCUUGGUGCUGAAAUUUUAAAGCUGCAAGAGGACCACGCGGCGUCAGAGAGAGCCCGUCGACAUGCUAAACAGGAGUGAGACGAGCUAGCAGACAAGAUUUCUAACAGCCCCUGCGGGAAGUCCAUGCUGCUGGAAGAGAAGAGGAGGCUGGAGGCUCACAUCGCUCAGCUGAAAGAGCAGGGCAACAUGGAGCUGCUCAAUGACCACCUCAGGAAAAGCACGCUGCAGGUGGACGGCCUAAACACUAAAGUGGCUGCAGAACGCGGCAUUGCCCAGAAGAACGCAAAUGCUCGUCAACCGAUGGAGCGGCACAACAAGGAGUCAAAGGUCAAGCUACCAGAAUUGGAAGGGGCUGUCAAGUCCAAGUUUAAGGCCUCCAUCACAGCUGAGGAAGCUAAGAUCCCGCAGUGGGGGUAGCAGCUGGAGCAAGAAACAAAAUAAAGAGGAGCGGCCAACAAGACUGUUUGACAUACGGAAAAUAAAUUGAAGGAAGUGAUGCUGCAGGUUGUGUCAUGUCAACCAGUACAAGAAGCAGGUGGUGUUCAGUGA